AUGCAUGUGAACUAUAGAGCUUUAAAUACCGCAACCGUUAAAGACUCGUUCCCAUUAUUCAGAAUUUACAAUAUACUAACUAAGAUUGACUCAUCAAAAAAUUUUUCAACGCUAGAUCUCCACUCAGGUUAUCAUCAAAUACCCAUGAAAAUGAAUGACUGUUUUAAGAUUGUUUUUGUCACCCCCAAUGAAAAGUAUGAGAAUACCGUCACGCCGUUCAGUCUUGUUAAUGAUUCAAGCACAUUUGCUCGUCGAAUAGACGAUUUAUUUAAGGACUUACCAUAUGUCUGUGUUUACCUCGACGACAUUUUAGUUCAUUCCCGUACUUUAAAUGAACAUUGGAAACAUCUAGACAUCGUAUUGCAAAGGUUACAACUAGAAGGUCUAAUUGUAAAAAAGAAAAAAUGUAACUUUGCCGUUAAGUCAGUUGAAUUUUUAGGAUACACUAUCCCUCCUAAUAAAAUUUAA